AUUUGAAGAAGUAUUGCUCUUAAAUUAUUCUUCUAGCAUAUUAUUUUCUUCUGUUUAUUUUCGUAUACAAUUUUUUUUUACUAAAAUACUUUUCUUUUUAAGUAUUUUUCUACUUGAAAAACGUUCGCACAAUAUUGGUCAUUCGAAACAAACGCAGAUAGAAAAUUUACAAUUAUUUAUAAUCAAACAAUUAUGUAAGUAAAAGAAUAAUUUUUUUUUUCUGUACUCAAAAAAUAGUUGUGAAUUUGGGAUAAUAAAUUAUUUUUAUAUUUUAAAUUACGGAUUUUAGUCGAUCGCUUAUUAAAUAAUUAUGAACACGCCCAGUUUUAAAUCUGUAAACAUACACGACGAGUAAAUACAUAAGUAUAGUUUUGGAAUCGGAUGGGACAAAAUGAAAGGGCGUCUCAACACGUAUUACACUGCAUCACAUAAGUGUCGUAUUGAAGGAGACGGAAAAGGCUAUAAUAUUGGAUGUGACAGACGUACGCAUAUGUAUGUUACAAACAAUGAUAGACACUGAUAAGGAAUAAGGACGGUUACAAGGGUUCAAAGGUAUUAGAUUACGAAAAGGUGGCAUGGAAAUCCAUAACGAACCAAUCGGAUGAUUGUGAAGGCGAAAAGAGAAAUCGACAUUUAAUAAACCGUAAAUAAUGUAGUUGUUUAGUUUUUACCAUUUUUUUUUUUUUUUUUUUUUAUCUUUAUUUUAGCCAACCGAUUUUAUUGUUUUCCGAUCGAUUGUGUUUUUAAUACUGUAGUAAUACAAAAUAUAGGGGAAAAAAAGGGGGGGAAUAAAAGUGUUAGAGGGGAAAAAUAUAAAGUUGUGGUAGGGUGAGAUAGUAAUAUACUAAGACACUAAGUAUAGUUAUAGAAGACAAACAUAUUUAAAAUAAUAGGAUAUUACGUAGAAUUACUUACAAAGAAUAAAAUAUAGAGGAGUAGGUACAAAAAUGUAUCUAUAUAAUAUAAAAUAAUUGAUCUAGUUUAUGGUACUACAAAGAAUGAUCAUAAUAAAAGUUCAGCCUACUAAUUAUAUUACUACCUUCCUUCCGAUGUUUGAAAGGGUUUCGGAGUCGUGAAUACGAGAAUGGUGACGAAAUCAUUAAAUAAAGAAAGAUAUAAUUAUUUUACCUGCCCACGGUGUCGGAACGCUUGGGUGUAUACUUAUGGAUAACCUCACGUGAUCCUGGAGCCGUUGGACGGCAAUUACAGUUUAAUUAAGAUAAACUAAUUUAAUUAAUUGACACUCAGCACCUGUGUGCACAUAGAUAAAAAAUGCUAAUCUUCAAAUUGGGAAAAUAAAAGGUUGAAUUACAAAGUAAAUUAUAUUUCAAAUAUUGUUUAUUAUAUUUCAUUAUUUUAAUAUUUACAACGGCGUCAUGUUCCUUUAAAAAAAAAAUCGUUUCCUAAUGGGCGUUUACUUCGAACUCGUGGUUAUUAAUUUUUAUUUCGAAGGUUGUGCAUCCCCCAAUAGAUUACAAUGGUUUGUUAUCGAGGCCUAACAGCCGUGCUUUGGACGGUGUAAUUUUAUUGUUGCGAUUUACGAGCUGUUCUCUGAUACAACACAAAUCGGCCCCUGUGUCAAGCGUAACGGGUAUUAGUGAAUAACGCGUUUAUGUACAGAGUGUCGGACGCACAGCAUUGCGUUAGUCCUGCGGUGUACACGUGGCUCCUUUCUGCCCAGGAGGGGUCGGAUGGUACGCUAUGUCCUAUUCCAGAACAAUCUCGAACAAACCGAAACAAAACGGUGAUAGAUUUGCCGGCAAUAAGUUCCCGUUUUCAAACAGCGUCAUUGAAUUUUAACAACAACUAUACCUCGACCGAUUACCUAUAUAGCAAAAUCAACAAAGUAAAUCGGUGAACGGUGAUACGAACUGAGGUUGUGACAGUUACGUAUAUUGUAUUUGGCCGUAAACGAAAUUUUCUCUGCACUUCAACAUUGAGUUGUGGAGUAUCAUUUUUGUGGCGGUACGGAGCGCGGCGCGUUAAUAACGCACUACUACUCUCCUCCAACCUAAAUUUAUUGAUUUUUCAUAUAAGAUAUAAGAUUUAUUGCUUUAAAAUCCAAUUUAUAUUGUAUAAAAUCCUAUAGGCGAUUGACCAUUUCACUUUGUGCUAAUUAGCCGUCAAACAUUAAUUGAAAUAAACAUUUAAUUCACAUUUAUUAUGUUGUACUCACAACACAUUUAAUUCAAUACACGAUGAGUGUGUAAAAAAGAAAACUGCGAUUUGAUCGAACAUCAAAAAAUACGCACACCGACGGCGGUAUAACUGCCUUCGGAAUAUUGCGGCGUUCGUUCGUAUAUUAUUGAAAUUGAUGUUAAUUGAAAUAGUUUUAGUAACGAGUUUCUAUACGAUGAACGCCGUUUGGUGGACGGUGUGCGCGCUGACGUUGUGGCGUCCUCACGUAGAUGGCGCCCGGAUAUUGGCCCUGUUGCUGAUGGCGGCCAGGAGCCACUGGAACGUAGUGGACGCGGUGCUGCAGACACUGGUGGCCCGCGGUCACCACGUAACGGCCGUGACGCCUUUUCUCAAGAAAACGCGGCCGGCCAACUAUACGGAAGUGGACAUUUCGCAGUUGACGCCGUCAGGCGUAAGUAUGUCGUGGGAUUUCAUAGUGGACACCAGUUCAAGAGCCAAUAACCUCCCAUACCUUUCCGGCCGCCACAGGCUCACGUGCACCAAGCUGUUUGAACACGACGAAUUUUGGCGCGUCAUCGAGUCGCAAAAGUAACUAAGAAACGGCGGUGGUUUUUUUUUUAUUUUUGAAAAUUUAAAUAAAUUUUAUCAACGGCUACGUCAGAAUAUAUUUCAGUUUCUGAACGGAGUGAGAAAUAUUAUCGGUUUCACUUUAAUAUGAUAUACCUAUACGAUUAUCAUUAUUUUUUAAGUAUUAUCAUAAAAAUUUUUAUUCAAAACAAAAUAGGUAAUAAUUAAAAAUAUAGUUUAAUAAAAGAUCUGAUAUUGGAGAUGGGAGAGGCUACUGUUGUAGGNGAGAAGUUCGGAAGGUAGGAUACAUAAGGUUAUUUCAUUUAUAUCUGUAAGCAACGAUAAACCAUUGUUGACGAAAUACGAUUCCGAGCGCAAUUCGGUAGUACAUAAUUUGAAGUGCCGUAAUUUUCUUUGCGAUUUUUGUAAACGCUUAUUAAAAUAAAUUCAAUAAAAAUAUGGUCGUUUGUUGUUUUUCAAUAUAUCUGUAAGCAACGAUGACAAAACGAUUCUGAGCAGAGUUCAACUGAUAGUGAUGCUUUAUACAAAUACAGUUUAUUUUAUUGUAUUACAAGAUAAUUUCAUUCGCUGGUUUUAUUCGACCGUUCGAACUUUUCGAAUUUUUAUUUUUAUUCGUAUACCAUUGUAUGACUCGUGUAGCAAAACUCCAUUUUCAAAACAAUAGUACGUCAAUCGAAGAUAACUAAAUAGUCGAUGGAUAAUUAAUAAUAUUGAUAUAGAAUAAAUGUGUACUGCCACAUUACGUAGUAACAUUUUUUUUUUUACGUUCGCCCGUGAGGUUCGAUCUGUUCAUUACGGAACUUUUGGCCUCGUCGUGCGACGCGUACAUUUCGUAUCGUUUGAAAGCGCCGCAGAUUGUCAUCACAUCCAGCCACGCUCACACGUGGUACCAUCACACGUUCGGCAGCCACACGAACCCGGCGCACGUGUCCACGUUCCACGCGCCGUACGCCGUGCCCACGAACUUCGUCCAGAGAAUGGCGAACGCUUGCGAUUACCUGUACUCGCACGUGGUGUACAAAUGGGUAGAUCGCGAAGCCACGGCCAUCGGCCGUAAACACUUCGGGGCCGACGCGCCGGACGCGGACACGCUGAUGCGGAACACGUCGCUGGUGUUCGUCAACGGGCACCACACCGUGGACCUCGCGAAGCCUUUGUUGCCAAAUUUCGUGGACAUCGGCGGGAUACAUUUGGCCCGGCCGAAACCGUUGCCCCGAGUGAGUCACGAAACCCGGGGGGGGGGGCGUCGUUUUGAGGUAUUUCGAGGCGGUGGCGUGUAUAAGGAAGGUUUUGGGGGUUCAACCACCCCUCCCCCCCCCGAAAUACAUGGUUGGUACGGCACACGUGCGUAUUUAUGAAUUUAUUUAAUCUAUGUCCCCCCCUCAAAUUAAUUUCUAUAUACGCCAAUGUUGCGAGGUAUUGCUCGUGCAUACCAAAAAUUCGCCGAAAUUGUAUUUUGGCCUGACUGUAGUUUUCAUACGCCGAGAAAAUAUAUUCCUCUAUUUUUUUUCCCAAGAAGAAAUUAUAUCCGUAACUACUGUCUCAGUCCAACUACCGGGUAAUAAUGCUUACGUAGAAUGCUUAAUUUUGAUUUUAGAAUAAAAAGUACUCAUUAUAAAAUGUAUAGAGAACAAUAUUUUGGAGGAAAUAUAAUUGGUUAUUUAUAUUAUUGAAAAUACGCAGCUUGAUAUCAAUGAUAUAAAAACAAUUUUUUUUUUUUGGUUUUUAAAUAAAUGUAGCUUUUAAGGUAGUUUUACUUAUUCUUCGUAAGCAUUGUUUUUACAUGUAACCGGGUAGUUGGACUAAGACAGUGGAUGCGGGUAUAACGUCCUCUUAAUCGGUCUUAGGUAACUAUGGUCAUAAGCCGCGUUAGCUAGAAGUCAUAGUGGGUGUAAAACGAUUUUUUCGUAAAAACUCUAUUGUAAAAAUAUGUGUAUUGGCUGACUGAGAAUUUUUUCAGCCUGCCUAUAAUUGUUGACACGUAUCUUUGGAAAAGUUGAAAUGUCGAAAAUGUUGAAAUGUUUAAAACGUCCUUCGAAAAAACGACGCGUUCCCCUAUCGGAUAGGUGCGCGUUUUUUAUCGGCGAUUUUCGUUUAAGGACAUCGAACAGUUUAUCGAUGAAUCUCCGAACGGAGUCAUAUACUUUACGUUCGGAUCGACCAUCAAAAUGGAGACUGCGCCGGUGCAUUUGCAAAAAACGUUCGUGGAAGCGUUGGCCGAAAUACCCCAGAGGGUGUUGUGGAAAUACGAAAAUAGAAACCUCAAGGAUGUGCCGAAAAACGUAAUGAUAAAUAAUUGGUUUCCCCAAAGAGACAUUUUAGGUUAGUAUUUUUGGAUGGCGCGCUUUUUUUUUAAAAUUUGCAUAUUUGAAAUCUUUAGAAAGUUUUUAUUUUAUUGUUCCAUUUUUUGUAUAUUUUUUUUUCAGAACACAAAAAUGUGAAAUUGUUUAUAUCUCAUGGUGGCAUGUCCGGGAUUUACGAAGCCGUCGACAGCGGAGUUCCUGUACUCGGAAUCCCUUUGUUUUUCGACCAACCGCACAAUAUUGCGAACAUAGUUCACUGGGGCGCGGGCGUGAUGUUGGAUUACAAAACUCUGACUAAAGACACCUUAAUCAACGCUAUUAGGGAAAUGAUUAACAAUUACGACAAGUGAGUCUUACUGUUUGAAUCAACGGUGAACAAUUUAAUUGAGUUACGUCUUUAAUUUUCAGUGUUCACCCUAUCCGCACACAUUAAAAAAAUAUAAAUAUAUAUUUUUUAAUUCCGCUUAGCUUAUUUACUUAUCAAAAUCCCUCGUCAGAUGCGUAAUAACACAUUCAAUCACGCAUACAAUAUUAUGCAUUAUUUUUCUAUGUAAUGUUUUUUUUAGAGAUUAUUUAGGUCCAUCCCCGCUACAAUAUGCUGCCUUCGUCUGCCUGUCCUUAGCUGCCUCUUCGUCGUCUACUAUACCCAGCAAUAUUUAAUCUCACCUUUAUCCAUCCUUGUCUAGGACAUCAUAUUGGUCGUUUGAUAUCUAAUCCCCGUAUGAUUAUUUGUUUAAUCUAAUUCUCACGGUCUCCACACUUGUCCGGCUCUAGUGGUACUCAUUUUAGGACUCAUAUUAUUCCUACUUCCACAUGUUGUUCUUCUGCUCUUUCAUUUGUUCUUAUCUCCCAUAGGAAAUCCCCAUUUUCAUUUUACUUCGAUCCGAAAAUUAUUAUUAAUAUUUUUUUUCAACAAAUGUCUUAACAUUUUUCCAUCAGGCUUUGUUUUUGCACAUGCUCCGUAUGCAUAUUCAGCAACUAUCUUAAUUAGUAGCUUCAUUUUUGUGUUUUUGGACAGAUGUUUCGAUUUAAUAAUUAUCUAUGGAAUAGUAUCACAUAUAUAUAACAGUACCGAAAUUAUUAUAGGUAUAAAUCAAAAGCGAUGGAACUUUCAAUGAGAUUUAAAGACCGGCCAAAAACACCUAAAGAAGAAGUAAUUUAUUGGACAGAAUAUAUAAUUAAACACAAAGGAGCUCAUCAUUUAAAAUCAGCUGCUCUCAAAUUGUCUUGGUGGCAGUAUUUGUUGAUUGAUAUGCUAAUAGCAAUUGUUUUGGGGCUAUUUGUUAUUGCAUAUGUUGUUUUCGCGGUAUUUAAGACUAUGAAAAAUCAAUUAAGUAAAGAGAAAAAAAAAGUCUUUUAAGUUAUGUAUGUAUAUACUAUUGUAACCAAUUGUUUUGAUAUUUAUCCACAAAUUUUUCUAUAAUUUUUAUAUAAAAUAUAAACUGAUAUAUAAAACAGUUUAUUUUAUGAUGAUUUAAGUUAAUCAAAAGAAAGGAUAAUUAAUUAAAUUUAUAAUAUUAUUAGGCAAUGUGCCAUGUUGUAAUAUAGACUUUUCAAUUUUAAAUAUAAAAUACUGUUAUCUGUAUUGUAUUAAUAAUUAGAAAAAAGCUGUCCUAAGAUAAUGGGGACAGUUGCAACCACUGUUUUAGGUGAGAAGUUGGAAAGGCAGUAAAGGAGAAAUUUAUUGUAUAUCUGUAAGCAACCAUAAACCAUUGCUAACGAAAAACCGAUUCUGAGCGGAGUUCGGUUGAUAGUGUUGCUAUCAUUGUAAAUCUGAGCAAUAUUGCUGGCGGAAAAAUUGUCC